CCCUUUUCCUUUCCUUUUGAUCUUUUGAUUCUUCUCUCUUUCUGCUUCUUAUCCUCUCCAGUCGAUUAGAAAAUCAUUGCGACUGCUCUACCUCUUGAAUACAUUCAGUCACUCGUUCUGUUUGUAUUAUACGCAUCGUACUUCUCUUUUGAGUAGUUCCUCUUACUCAGUCCAUUCGUUUGUCACACAUUCGUUUACCGUCGACAUUUUCUUACAGAAACAUCUUCAUCAUGAAGUACUCACUCAUUCCAUUCGUUCCUAUUUUCGCGGGUUUAUCCCAAGCAGCGAGUAGUGAUGACUGGGCUUCAAGAUCAAUCUAUCAAAUCAUCACAGAUAGAUAUCAUCGCUCAUCGACUUCAGAUGCUCCGUGUAAUAUCACGAAUUAUUGUGGAGGUACAUGGAAUGGUAUCACGGAGAAUUUGGAUUAUAUUCAGGAUAUGGGAUUCACAGCUAUUCAAAUUAGUCCCGUCAAUUUGAAUAUUAACAGUACCACGAUUUAUGGACAAGCUUUUCAUGGAUAUUGGCAAACUGUAGGUUCCCUGCAACUCUCUAUGCGUUCAUUCAAUUGGCUUGAGGAAUUGGCAUUGAAAUGUUCUAACACUCGUCACAGUCCCUCUACGAUCUCAAUCCAAAUUUCGGAUCAGCAGACGAUUUAAAGAACUUGAGUGCAGAACUCCACAAGAGAAAUAUGUAUCUCCUAGUCGAUGUUGUUGCUAGUGAGAUGGCAGUCGACAUAGGAAAUCACAAUAUGACAGCAGAUACGAAAAUUGAUUACUCUGUCUUUGCUCCAGCUCCAUUCAACGAUGAGGCAUCUUAUAAUCCAUAUUGUCCAAUUGUCAACUGGCAAAACAAGACAGAAUACCAAGAUUGCUGGUUAGGUUACACCGGUGUUGCAACUCCUGAUAUCAAAACUCAAAAUGCAACUGUCGCUGCCGCUCUUGGAUCAUGGAUUAAAGAACUCGUCGCAAAUUACUCUAUUGAUGGAAUUCGUAUUGAUGGUGCUAAACAAAUUACUUAUGAUUUCUUUCAAGGAUUUGUUGAAGCCUCUGGUAUAUUUCCUUUGGGUGAAGUAGAGGAUGGUGAUGCAACCUUCACUUGCAAUUAUCAACAAUAUACGGAGGGAUUGGAAAAUUAUCCAAUCUAUUACACCAUCAUUCAAGCUUUCACUGCUGGAAACAUGGCAGGAUUGGUGUCUAUGAUUAACAGUAUGAGAACUGCUUGCACGUCUACACAAUAUCUUGCAAAUUUCAUUGAGAAUCAAGAUCAACCACGUUUUGCAUCAUACAAUGAUGAUGAGACUGUAAGUUUUCUCUUUUUGAAUUAACAUUUGUAUGUGAAUACUAACAAUAUCAAUAGCUUGCAGCAAACGCCAUGGCCUUUAGUAUUCUCGCUGAUGGUAUUCCAAAAUACUACUACGGACAAGAACAACAUCUCACUGGUAACUACUCCCCAUACAAUCGUCAAGCUCUUUGGGAAAACAACCCAAGCACAACGUCCAACCUUUACACUUUAACAACCACACUCAACACCAUUCGAAACCAUGCCAUCUCAGUAAACUCCGGCUACAUCACCAACAACUCCGUUCUCUUAUACACCGACGGCUCUACCUACGCAGCUAGAAAAGGAGCCAACGGCGCGCACGUCGUCUCCGUCUUCAGCAAUCAAGGUUCAAACGGAGGAUCCUACUCAUUAAACAUUGACAAAGCCGCGGACGCAGGAACCAAUUUAACCGAAAUCGUCACCUGCACCAGCUACGUUACAAAUAGUAAAGGAACUGUCGCUUUAAAGAUGGACAAGGGAGCACCUAGAGUCCUCUUCCCUACAGCAAAAAUGGAUGGUACGGGUCUUUGUGGAUUUUCAAAGGAUAAGAGUGCAGGAACUGGAACUGGAUCAAGUUCGUCGAGUGCCACGGGUUCGGCGACGGGUAGUGCGGCUAGUGCGACGAGUUCGAAGAAGGGUGCUGCGAUGGGAUUGAGAGUUGGUGUUAGUGGGUGGGUUCUUGGGGGUUUGGGAUUGAUGGGUUUGGUUUUGUUGUAGGUUGUUGAUGUUGAUGGGUUGAGAUUUUUUUGAUGAUGGGGUUUUGAGGGAGGCAAGUUGUGGUAAUAAGAGUACUUUAUUUCUCAUGUGUAGAUUUUGGAUCCUGUGGAGUAUAUGAUGGAGUGGAAUGGGCUGGAAUGUCAUGAUUGAUUGAUUGGAUUUAAGAGUUAAAAUAAGUGAAAUAGAAAAAAUAAUAAAUUAAAACUCUUUUUGAUUAAAAGAUUAA